GCUCAAGCUGGCUGACUUGGAUCAUCUCCGAGGCUUUAGGAGAAAUAACCGUUGCCAACUUUGAAUGUGCUAAAUCUUUGUGCUUUGUUGGCAGGGGACAGAUACAUUAUUUCUGGAGCUUAGAAAUGGACACAGAAGACAUAGGAUCAGGUAAAUUAGGCCAAAUAUUGAAGCAGAUUUGGAGACAAAACCAAAUGUUAAAGCAGGCGCUCCUGAGUGAUGAUCUCUGUGAGGUGGCUGGAGGAGCCACUCAGAUAGCCACCGUGAUCUUUUUGGGCCAAGGACUCAACGAAGCCCUUUAUCAGUUGUUGGAACACACUGCAGGGUGCCUUCGGUCCACCUGCCAGCAGCUGUAUAUCCUGCUUGACAAGGAUAAUCAAUGCAUCUGGAGACAAGAAAUUACUGCUUUCAUAGACUGCCUCACAAACAUGAAUGAACAUUUGGGGAACACUGCUAUGCUUCUAAAGAAAGAAGAAAAGAAGAUGUGUAAUUUAUGCAGCAUGCAUGAGGACCGUACUCCACAGCACACAAUGUUGCCCAUUCAAGACACCAAAGCAACAGACAUCGCUCCAAGAGGGGAACUAAAUGUCAUGGAAACAGCUACUGUUUCUCCUACAAAUGCAGGGGAGAGCCAUUACCCAGACCAGGUCCAGUUAAAGGAAAAUAAAACACCGAUAGAUUCUGAAUUAGAGGGAAAAGAAAACAAUGCAUCAUUGAGUGGAAGCGUAAUACGGCAAGAAGAAUCACAGAGCACAGUGUUCUCAGAUAAUACAGAAAAUGAAGAUGAAAAACAAAUAGAACACAUGACUGCUGAGAACAUAGACAGCAACAAGGAAGACAUUCAUGAUGUAAUCCAGACAACAGCAAGGGAAAUUCGAGAGACCUCAGAAAGCCAAAGAGAAAAGAUUACCACAUCCCCAACAGCAUGGGAUGUCUCCAGUAAGGACGGGCAUAAUCUUCAUAAUGAGUCAGAGAGUCUAAAACAAAAGACUAACAUAAUGGAAAAGGAGUAUCUCGGGGUGCUGAGUGAGGGGACUGACCCUCAAGUCUCUUGUUACAUCACAGCGCCAUCGCAUGUCCUGCAGCAAUUUGAUUGCCAGAUAACUAACAGCAUGAGCUCCUUUGUGGUGAGUGAUAAUGAAGAGUUGGUCAGCAAUGUCAUCACUGUUAAAUGCGUGGAUAAGGACAUGAAAAUUCCAUUCCCAAUAUGCAUUGCAAUUCCGUUCAAGGCACGCUACAAGGGAAAUUACAGAGACAUCAUGGUGAAAAUGUCUGACACACACUUUCAGUCAAGUUACCUAACCCCAAGUUCACUGGAAAGAAUGAGGGGAUCUUAUAAGGGGACUUGUGCUGCAGUGAAUGUUUACAAGUUGGGGAUGUUUUCUGUAGUGUCGUGUUUAAAAAAGCAGUCCUUCACAGUGACAAAAAAAGGGCUCACUCUGAAGUCAAGCAUGGAUACCCGGAUAUCCUUCAGUUACCCUGUGGGAAUUUUCAGCUCACCAGUGCUUGUACAAUUGAAGAUCCAGCCCGUUGACCCUUCUCUGGUGUCAUAUUUAAGAGCACAUCAAGAUCCUUCUUAUUCAGUAUUGUCCACGAGUCCCCUUAUCCACGUCCAGCACCCAUCAACUCAUUCCUUUCAGAAGCCAGUCACUGUAAUCCUCCCUUGUUCUCCUCUCUCCGAAAAAAAGAACCUUGAGUCUGAGAAAGAUCACAGCAGACCAGAGAGCGCCAUGGUGCACAGGAUCCUACCAACUCCCUUGUACUUCCACAAGACCAAAAGUGCUUCCAUCAGGAAACCUGGUAACAAUGCUUGUGAAACUUUGAAAUUACUAGGAUUCAGAAGCAGAGACAGCGGUUGGUUUGGGAUUGAUGACGUUGUGGUGAGAACUGUCCAGAGCGGCUUGGUAUCGUUUGAAUUAUGUGAACACCUAGAGCGGUUUAUUGUACUCCACUUGUCCUCCACAGUGGACAAUAGCCACUUGGUUUCUUUUGUGAAGACUUUAGAGGAAGCCUCCCUCAGCACCACUGCCUGCAUUGUGCUGUCACACCAGAAGGACAAUCCACAUAGAGUGGUUAUUUUAGUGGUACCUUCUAAGGAGUUAAAUCUGGCACUGAAGAACUUGCGUUCUGAAGGGUUUGGAAGACUUCCAGAGUCGUCAAGACACUUCCAAGUAAGAGAAGGAGAACAACUUCUUUUAAAGUUUACUGGAAACAUAUUUGGUUCAAUUGAUGGGAAGGAGUAUGGGAGAGACUACAAACUCAUUUUUCACCUGCAAAGAAAACCAAGGCUAGAACUACACAUCAAAGAAGUGGAUGAGUUUGGGAGCUAUAGCUCUCCUCAUUAUAAAGGCACCAUCGUGGUCUGUAAAGUACCCAGAGAGAAGAUUGUCCCCAACAUGGAUCCAUCACUUCAUGAAAAUCUUUCCCAGUUGCCAGUUUGCAAAUUACCAUUGAAAUUGCCGAAGCAUGAAAAAGUAAAGAACCGUCCACAGAGUACCAAAAGAGUUCCAACAGGCCCUCAAGAGGCCCUUUGGGAUAAUUUGCUCCAUUGGCUGGCUGAAGAGCUAUCUGAAGAAGGUGCCGAGGUCCUCACUGCAUCGCUCCCUCUACGCCGCAGCACGGUUCAGCUCAUCAAACUUAAGCACCCUGACGACCUGGCAGAGCAGAUCCACGAGCUGCUUUGCUUCUGGAAAAGAUCACUCCCAACUUCCACUGACAAAAUCCGCCUCCUGGCUCGCCAUCUCCGCAAGAUGGGCCGGGGUGAUCUCGCAGAAGAGCUCAAAUUCAAGUGGGAACAUAAGGUGUUCACAGACCCUCAGCCCUGGUUUGAUGUGGCUGCCGAAUAAAGGCAUGCUCACCCUUCCUUUCCCCUAGAAAAGGGCUCGAGGAUUAUAAAGAGUGAGUGUCAAUUUUACCCAGUUACCGACUAAGAUUGUUUGAAGUGAGUCUGUUUGAUAGACUCACUCUUAACUGAGAAACCGAGGAAACAAAAGAGAAGCCAGAGCAGACAACUGAAGACACGUCUGGGUGUCAGCCCGCUCAAUGAUGACUGACCUGUUGUCUGGAACUUAUAACACCAUGAGUUCAGCUAAGCUUAAUGGCAUUUAAAAUAGAGCUUUCUCAGUUUACAUUUCAAUAGCUAAGGUUGCUUUCUAAAUGUGGAGUAAAUAUAUGAUAUACAGAAUGACUUUUUAACAAGUGUUAUAUAAAAUUGAACUUGUUUGUGACUCCAAGCAACCA